CGGUCCCUCGCCGUCCUCUUCUGGUCCCGGGCCCGGCAGCGGCGAUGGGGAGCCGUGGCCUGCAGCUCCCCGUGCCCAACCCCCGGCCGUACUGAGCAGCCCGGCUGCUGACUCUGCGUCCCCGCUUUGUGCGGUCUGUAGCCCGGGACAGGCCGGGCUGGAGGAGUCGCAGCAGGAGCAAACUCCUGGUGGCUGGGGUGGGUCGGGCCCGGCCCGGGGUGGCGGAGCCCCGCGCUGCCGGGCGGGCGGCGGGAAACGCCUUCACUCGAGGUCGGGCUGAACGGAUGAGCUGGGAACAUUUCCAACAGACCCGAGUAACGUGAGGGUACUUAUAAAAGAUGGUUGAUCGCUUGGCAAACAGUGAAGCAAAUACCAGACGAAUAAGCAUAGUAGAAAAUUGUUUUGGAGCAGCUGGUCAACCUUUGACUAUUCCUGGUCGUGUUCUGAUUGGAGAAGGUGUGUUAACAAAGCUGUGCAGGAAAAAACCCAAAGCAAGACAGUUUUUCUUAUUCAAUGAUAUUCUUGUGUAUGGAAACAUUGUCAUCCAGAAGAAAAAAUACAACAAACAACACAUAAUACCAUUGGAAAAUGUCACUAUUGAUUCUAUCCAAGAUGAGGGGGACCUACGCAAUGGGUGGCUUAUCAAGACACCAACUAAGUCUUUUGCUGUUUAUGCUGCCACUGCAACAGAGAAGUCUGAAUGGAUGAACCACAUCAAUAAGUGUGUGUCUGAUUUGCUUUCCAAAAGUGGAAAGACUCCCAGUAACGAACAUGCAGCUGUUUGGGUACCUGACUCAGAGGCCACUGUGUGUAUGCGUUGUCAGAAAGCAAAAUUUACACCUGUAAACCGUCGUCAUCACUGUCGCAAAUGUGGUUUUGUUGUUUGUGGGCCAUGUUCUGAAAAGAGGUUUCUUCUCCCAAGCCAGUCCUCCAAGCCUGUACGAAUUUGCGACUUCUGCUAUGAUCUUCUUUCUAGUGGGGAGAUGACUACUUGUCAUCCCACUAGAUCAGACUCCUACAGCCAGUCACCUAAAUCCCCUUUAAAUGAUGUAUCUGAUGAUGACGACGACGAUGAUGACAGCAGUGAUUAAGGACCAAAAAAGCUUUUCCAUUGUGUUACAAUUGGUGUUUUAAACCAUAAAGAGCUGCUUUUCAGGAAACCUAUAGUCGGAGUUCUCUCAAAAUUCUGUUCUAGCCAUAAAAUUUGCCUGAGUAUCUUCAACUACAGUGUGCCUCCAAUACAUGAAUUUUCUAGACAAUGUUUUUCACUAUUCUGCAGGGAUAGACUGUUGCAAAUGUAUCAGAUUUUUUCCAUCUUAUACUUGAGUUAUGUCUAGAUUAGACUUUUGUGGAAGUUUGGAAAAUUAAGCAUAUCUUUUAUUUAACAACAUGCAUCCUUAUUUUGAUAGUGAUACCUUAUUUCUGUGUGGUUGGGAUUUUUUUGGAAGGUGGGAUUAAAAUGUGCAUGAAACAGUGAUAAAUCUUUUGGUAAAUUCCAGCAAAUGAUUAAGUUUUUCUAACCAUGCUUGGGUAAUGAUGAAUUGACUGAACAUAUUGAGACAUAACUGUCUACUUGAAUUUGGAAAUCUUUUGGUUUUUUGUUUAUGAUGACUUUGUAUACCAAGCAGUGCCUUGUAACAAUUGUGCUGAUUCAGGAAGAAACAAACCUGCUGCAUGCUGUCUGAAUUUGCAUGACAGUUAUCUGAAAUAAUUAUUGGUGCUAUUAAAAACAAUUGCUGUGUGCUUAAAAUAGGAUAUUGAAAAGAGCACAAAGGUGGACAUGGCAGUGGAUGACUGAGAUCUGAAUUGCAGUCUGAUUUUUCUUUUUGCAGGGAGACCCCAAGCUCUCAUGCAAAUUAAUGGGAUUUCAUUCACGCUCAUCACAUCGCAGGGUUGGGAUCUGGAUUGUAAAUUCAGCAUGUUCUUCACAGGGAUAUUUGGAUUUUUUUAAAGAGUCUUUUGAAGAGCUGUAUUUUAAGAGGUAUCAAGUAAUAGUUGGUAAAUGUGUAGCUUAAUUUGGAUUAUGAAGGUGGUGUAGCAUAUUUCCUUGGAAAGUUACAGUUUUGAAAUUGCUUCCCAAACACAACACUAACUUUUUUUUAUUGCUAGCCAGUGGCAUUUUUUUAGAUAAAGCUUAGAAUUUUAUUUUUUAAAUAAGCCACUGUAGAUUUCCAGCCAACAAUCUGCAGAGACCCUAGCAAAAAUGUCCCUCCUUUAUACACAGCUGACCUCGAGAUAAGUGGAAUGCAAAUUAGUUCAUUUUAAAUGGUAUACCCAGGACCAUGAACACUGUAACUAAGUUAUAAAAUGGUCAGUGCAGAAAAUGUCUCUAACAGUAUUCACUUUACUUUUUAAUAAGUCCUUACCCUGUUCCUAUAUAUAUGUAAAAGUUUAGCUUUUUGAAGAUCUGUAAAACUCAAACAUAUGUUGACAUUUCUAUAUUUUUAUAAUAGUAGUAAUCAAUUCUGAUGUGGAAAAAACCCUCUGAAGUUGUAUGGAGAUAUAAUAUCAACUGAUUUUAUAAAAACAUGAUUGUUGAAUUUGUAUGUAGAUCUUUGUUUAUAAAGUGACAAUUUCUGCACUGUUUGCCUUGACUGGCAAUAAUUGGGUUAAGUAUUUAUUGAAUAAACAAUCCAUGCCGCA